UGUUGCUUAGAAAGCUCCCAACUCUGAGCUUAUAAAAUGGUGCCGAGUCAAGGAAAAAAAGUUCUGUAUUGUUUAUGACCAGUUCAUUUGUUUAGGGGUUGCUUACAUGACAAAUUAAGGGUUCCCACUUUUGUUUAAUAGUCUUCCAUCUUCUAUUUUCAGAUCUGAAAAUGAAAUGAGAGCCAGACCCGAUUCCUGGGUUUUGCACUGAGUUUCAAGAUUUGAAAACCUCAUAAAAGAUUUCUGGGUCUGUCGUAUUUUUUUCAUCUGAUUUGGUCGGAAACAGACACAGAUCAGAGAAAGGGGAAAUGGGAUUGGUGGGUCUCCAAGAAAAUGGUAAUAGGGAAAUGGGUUUGUCUGGUUUUCCUUUGGGAGCUAAGAACAAGUACAGGAGGAUGGACUCUGAGCUCACAGAGGAUGAUGAUUCACACCACCUUCAGCAGCAGCAAAGGAGCAGAAAUACCAAGAAAUAUGUUCUAGCUUGUGCCAUUUUUGCAUCUCUCAAUUCUGUUCUUCUUGGCUAUGAUGUAGGUGUUAUGAGUGGAGCAAUCCUAUUCAUUCAAGACGAUCUGAAGAUAACAGAAGUGCAACAAGAAGUGCUUGUCGGGAGUUUAAGCGUCGUUUCGCUUCUUGGUAGUUUAGCUGGUGGAAGAACAUCAGAUGCCAUUGGUAGAAAAUGGACAAUGGGAUUAGCUGCAAUUAUCUUUCAAACCGGUGCAGUUAUAAUGACUCUUGCUCCGACAUUCCAAAUCCUAAUGAUUGGGAGACUCUUGUGUGGGAUUGGAAUCGGCUUUGGAGUCAUGAUUGCCCCAGUCUACAUAGCUGAGAUAUCACCGACAAUCGCUAGAGGCUCUCUUACCUCAUUCCCUGAGAUUUUCAUCAAUCUUGGGAUCCUACUCGGUUAUGUCUCAAACUACGCAUUUUCAGGUCUUUCAGUGCAUUUAAAUUGGAGGAUAAUGCUCGCUGUGGGAAUUCUUCCCUCAGUAUUCAUUGGAUUCGCUCUGUUCAUAAUCCCCGAGUCACCAAGGUGGUUGGUAAUGCAGAAUCGAGUUGAAGCAGCAAGAGCUGUGCUAUUGACAACUAUUGAGAACGAGUCAGAGGUGGAGGAGAGACUCGGAGAAAUACUAUUAGCUGCUGGAAUUGGUAGCGCUGAGAAGUAUGAAGAGAAACCUGUUUGGCGCGAACUGUUGAGUCCUUCUCCUGCACUUCGCCGUAUGCUAGUUACUGGUUUUGGAAUCCAAUGUUUCCAACAGAUCACGGGUAUUGAUGCAACCGUGUAUUACAGCCCCGAGAUCUUCAAAGUAGCGGGUAUUGCUGGUAACUCGAAGCUUCUUGCUGCAACUGUUGCUGUGGGAGUUACCAAAACUGCAUUUAUAUUAGUUGCUAUUCUUCUUAUAGACAAACUUGGAAGAAAACCACUGCUAUAUAUAAGCACAAUUGGUAUGACUAUCUGUUUGUUUUGUUUGGGACUUACUCUAUUAUUGUUGAAGCACACACCUUUCGGGAUUGGAAUGGCAAUACUGUCGGUUUGUGGAAAUGUGGCUUUCUUCUCAGUGGGAAUUGGUCCUGUUUGUUGGGUUUUGACAUCGGAAAUCUUCCCUUUAAGGCUGCGCGCCCAAGCUGCAGCACUCGGAGCUGUGGGUAACAGAGUGUGCAGCGGUUUGAUUGCCAUGUCUUUUCUCUCCAUGGGACGUGCAAUUACGAUGGCUGGAACUUUCUUCAUUUUUUCAGCAGUUUCAGCCGUUUCUGUUGCCUUUGUUUACGCACUUGUUCCUGAAACAAAAGGAAAAUCACUGGAGCAGAUUGAGGCAUUGUUUCAGAGUGAACAUGAGCAGCAAGGGAGUGGAGUGGAGCUUAGAGAUGUUGAGCAGCUUGUGCAGAAAGAGUGAUCCUCUCCAGGGAUUGUUUCUGACCCAAUUCCAGUAAGUUCUUAUGGCUAUUGUAUCGAUGUGAGUACACAAAUCGAUGUCAUGUUCUAAGUUGUAUAAAUCAAGAAUUUCCCAGUUUCAAGCCUACAGGAAUUCUGAGAAUUAUUGCCAGCACAUGUAGGAAUUGGUUCAGGAUUUUUUUUUGUAAACUUGUGUCAGAAAAUUAAGUGUAUAUCUAUUAGUGUGGGAGAAUGAGUUUAAUUUAAUAAUUAGAAAAAAAAAAAGAAACAAAAAGAAAAAAAAAAGGGGAGAGAAUCGGAAUCAAUGGCAUGGUUGUGUUUUUGUUUGAUGUAUUUUCUGUUUUCUUAUCCUGGAGUAAAGAUGCAAAAACAUAGAGGAAAAGUGAUAAAACAAUGUCUACGUUAAAUUCAUUUCAUGUUCUAUUUUAUU